UGUGACAACUACUUUAUUAAAUUAGUAUUACUAGCUCUAAUAAAGUAUUAAUCUAUAUAUAAGAAGGGAAAAUCUCUAAUCUCUCUACACUGAUCUCCAUCUCCCAACUGUCAUGGAGCUCCAAGAUUCCUAUUUUCUGAUCCUGCCUAUCAUCUUCAUCUUCACCUUCAUUGCCUUGAAGGACUCCAUAGCCAAGAAAUCAAGCUCCAGAUUACCACCAGGGCCAUGGAGGCUGCCACUGAUAGGAAACAUGCUCCUAUUCAUCGGCACUAACCCUCAUCGCAAACUGACAGAUCUGGCAAAGAAAUAUGGCCCUGUUAUGUACUUACAGCUCGGCCAAAUCCCCACUGUCAUCAUUUCUUCGCCUGAAGCUGCAAGGGAAGUCAUGAGAACCCAUGACAAUAACUUCGCUCAAAGGCCUGCUGUUCUUGCUGCAGAUAUUAUCACUUAUGGCUGCACUGACAUUGUUUUUGCUCCAUUUGGGCACUACUGGCAACAGCUGCGGAAGAUCUGCAUAACCCAGCUUUUAACUCCGAAAUCUGUCUUGUCUUUUAGAUCGAUUCGGGAAGAAGAAGUGGCGAAGCUUGUUAGCUCGAUUUCUUCAAGAGCUGGAAGGAAGGUAAACAUCAGCAGGGAAAUUUAUGCGAUGACGUUUGGCGUCACCACUAGAGCAGCUUUUGGGCAGAAAAUGAAAGAUCAGGAGGCGUUCUUGAAUGCCAUUGAUGAAGGUAUAGACUUGGCCGGAGGUUUUACGGUGGCUGAUGUGUUUCCUUCCUUCAAAUUUCUUGAUUCAAUCAGCAGAGUGAGGAGUAAACUCAUGAAUAUUCAUGAUAGACUUGAUGUACUGUUUGACGCCAUUAUCAAUGAGCGGAGAAGUAAGAAGGCGACAGUGAAGAAGACAGAUGAGAGUGAAGAGGAGCAUGAACUUGCAGAUUUCUUGGACGUUCUUAUGAAUUUGCAGAAGAAUGAAGACCAGGAAUUUAACUUGACCGAUGACAACAUCAAAGCAAUUAUCGUGGAUGUUUUCACUGCAGGGAGUGAUACAUCUUCCACAACUCUAGAAUGGGCACUAUCAGAAAUGCUGAAAAAUCCCAGAGUUCUGGAGAAAGCACAGGCAGAGGUGAGGAGCGUCUUCCAAACAAAAGGAACAGUCGAUGAAGGAGGCCUUCAUGAACUGAAAUAUCUAAAGUCAGCCAUAAAAGAAUCCAUGAGACUCCAUCCCGCAGCUCCACUGUUACUUCCCAGGGAAUGCAGAAAAAGCUGUGAGAUUUUCGGAUGCCAGAUUCCUGUCAAAACCAAAGUCCUGGUAAAUGCUUGGGCGAUAGGGAGGGACCCUAGCCAUUGGAGUCAGCCUGAGGAGUAUAUUCCUGAGAGGUUUCUUGAAAGCUCAUUGGAUUACAAGGGGGGCCAUUUUGAGUUCAUCCCAUUUGGAGCUGGAAGAAGAAUCUGUCCUGGAAUUAUAAUGGGUGUUGCCAAUGUGGAGCUCCCACUGGCUCAGCUGCUGUUUCAUUUUGACUGGAAACUUCCCAAUGGAGGAAAGUUGGAAGAUCUUGACAUGAGUGAGGGUUUUGGGCUUGCUGUGAGAAGAAAACAUGACCUUGAGUUGAUUCCAGUUCCUUAUCAUCCUCCCCAACUUGUUGGGUGAGAGGAGAAAUUUCGAAUAAUAGUACACUUAUUAACUUUUCUUAUAUGGAUAAGUUGGUAAAAAAUAUAAGCAUAAUAUCAUUGGAGAAGAAUUUAUAAUAAGUAUGCAAACAGUUCUAUGCUGUCAGUUGUAAUAAGGAUUUAAUAUGGUAAAGAAGAUACAAAUUUAUAAAAAGAA